AUGAAUUGUAAUCCACCUGUAUUUAACAAAGAAAUUGAUCCUGUUUUGUCAUCAACAUGGAUCAUGGAGAUUGAGGGAACAUUUGAUACUAGCAAAUGUGCGGAUGAGGACAAGGAGAUUUAUACUGUGACAAUGUUAAAAGGGGAGGCAAUACAUUGGUGGGGUAUGGUGAACGAAGUUAGGGGGCGUGAGGCGGCCAAGAAGAUGUUGUGGGAUGAGUUUAUGAAAAGCUUCAAAGAAAGGUUUUGUCCUCAAACGACGAUCAAGCAAUUGGAAGAAGAAUUCUUGAGGUUGGAACAAGGGAAUAUGACAGUGAGAGAGUAUACUACUAAGUUCACUGAGAAAGCUAGAUUUGUAGAGUUUUAUGUGUCUACGGAGGAAAGGAGGGUUGAGAGGUAUACUUGGGGAAUAAGAUCUGCCAUUUAUGAAUUUGUAGAAAUUCAGAAACCAGGUACCUUCCAGUCUGCUGUAGACGCUGCGGAAGGCCGAGAGUGGGAAAAGAAUCGCCAGGGUGAGAAUAAGGAUUUAGGGAAAAGGAAGUUGGAAAGUUCAAAUACAGACUCAAAGAAAGGCAAGACUUCUAGUUCAUAUCGUAAUUAUGAGCAACAGUCUGGGAUAGAACAAUGUACCAUAUGCAAACGGUUCCAUAAAGGGGAGUGUAAUAUGAACCAAAGAACUUGCUACAAAUGUGGAAAGAUAGGACAUAGCACUUCAUAUUGUAAAGUAAAGAGUGCCAAUUUCAUGUUUAAUCAAAUAUGA